CACAACUCAAUUACUACUCAUGCAUUCGCCUAACAUAAUCCUUCUCGUUUAUACAGCUCGGGAUUCACUAUAAUUGCGAAAACAUGUAUACAGAGUUCAUGAAAAAGCGACAAGAGAGUAACUACAGAGGAAGAUGAACCUUCUAGAACAAUGCUGACGGCUUCGACGGAGAAGAGAAGUAAAUGAGAGUAGAGGAGAGGUAUUCGCGGGGAAAAGAUAAUCUGGAGAUAGGGAGAAGGUUCGCGAAAAUGGAGCUUGAAGGUUUAAAUGAUCUUGGACGGUAUUUUAUAGUGUUUGCUUGAGGGUAUAUUGGUCAUAAGAAGAACUAUGGCCCGCUAAGAUAUUGAAAUUUGAUAAUUUUGAUUUUCUAAAAAUAUCAAUUUGAGAUGCCCUACUGUCUUCUUAUCUUUGAAAAGUCUCUGUAGUCUCGUCUCUCCUCCUCAAAUUUGCCACAAUAUUAGCAGCUAAGGGCUUUCAUAGUUUUCUGCGGAAUCAUGGCAAUGACUAUAACCACAGCAAUGGCAUCACCCUCCCGCCGGCUGCUUAUCAACUCACAACAUAGUACCCUCAUCACUAUCCCCAAAAAUGUGGCAAUUUUCCCAGCAACAACAGCAGUUACAAAUCAGGGGUUAUUGAAUCUGAACCACUCUGUAUUCUCCCAAGUAUCCCUAAGACCUUUGGUGAAACCAGUAUGCGCUGCUGGUUCAGGGCUAGAGGCAGAUUUGGGUGAUGAUGAGUCUUUAAUACGCGUUAAAAAUGCAAAGAUAGUUGUUGAAUCGGAAGAUGAUGACAAGAUACAAGUGAGAGUAGAUGUGAAUGAAGAAGAUACGAGAAUAGUUUUCGAGAAAGUUUUGACAAAUUUAGCAAAAUCAGCCCCACCUGUUCCUGGCUUCCGCAGGGAGAAAGGAGGGAAAACAUCUAAAGUUCCAAGGGACUUUCUACUGCAGAUACUUGGUGAAGAACGCGUUACUAAUUUUGUAAUACGAGAAAUUGUUACCUCAACUCUUGCUGAUUAUGUGAAGAAGGAGAAUUUGACAGUGAAGGAUAACAAGAUUAGCACCACACAAACUGCGGAUGAACUCAAAUCAUCAUUUGCUCCGGGAACUCAAUUCGGAUUCAAUGCCAUCUUAGAGCUUGAAAAAUCGAAAGCUGAAGCCACCACAUAAACCCCAUAGAAGAUGUGAAGCUUUUAUCACUGUUUUUAAUCUCUUAGAAUGACUUGUUAGUAUAGAAUCAGUAGUUCUUGAGGCCAAUAGAUUGAAGAACCCUAAAAGCUAUUAAUUACUGUUUGGCGUAUUACUGGUUAAACUUGAAAUUGAAUUGUGAUUUCCGUAAUCUAUUGAAAUUGAAUUGUGAUUUCAGUUGGCA